AUGGACGAGCUGAAUGGAGAAAUAGUAGGCGCCGUUGAGAAAUGGUGCAAGCUUGUUGCAGCUCUAUCGAGCGGUCAACGCGCUAGAGUGGUUGAUUCAACAUUGCACAGCAUGCUGCAGAUACCAUCUAUUAAGAUGCGUACCCUACUGAUUAGGUAUAUGAUUGAGAAUUUUCAGGCCAGCACGGCCAGAUUCAUUAUACAAGAGCAGGUUGGGGAGAUGACUCUCGGUGCGGUCGACGUCGAGUGCAUCUUUAACCUCGAGAACCAAGGACUGUCCGCUUCGGACAUUCUGACUGAAGAAGGCGAGGACACCAAGGAGCGGGUGCCGCCACAAUUUCUCAGUAAGACAUCAGAAAACAUAGCGAUAGAUAAUCUCAUUGAGGACAUAAUUAAAAGUAAAGCCACCGACGAUGAUUUCCUUUGGGAAGUAGUCCUUGUCCUGUUAGGAACAAUUAUUGCUCCCAUGUCGAGCAAGAUUGUGCAAAAGCAGUACUACGCUUUGGUCGAUGAUGUGAAACGUAUUUCAAAGAUUAACUGGAAUGCCUUCACCCUGCGUGUUCUCCUUGAUUGCCUUCGCAUAGUGAAGAAAGGCAAACACCUCCGCCAAUGGCCGAAAGGCAAUUUGGCUCUCUUGCAGUACUUGUACUGGGAGAAGGUGCAACCGGUCGAAGGCGAAUGCGCCUAUAAUCCCAACUUGUCCAUACAACCUCUUAUGAGGAACUGGACCGAAGGUGCAGCCACUAGGAGAGAUCGGUUCGACUAUGACAAUGGGCGCGGCCGUGGUAACGUCAGGAUCGAAAAUAAUAUCACCCAGGAGUAUAGGGCUCAGGAGCCCAACAUCCCAAAUAAUGCGCCUACCAUGAAGCCAAAAACCAAGCCUGCAAAUGGAAACGCAAAGAAGUCGACGACAGCCCCAAUGUCGAAAGAUUUGAUGGAGCUUCUAAUGAAGCGGUUCAUGGAUUUCAUACACACCCAGAUGAGGGAAAUCCCUGAUCAAGUUGCUGAGAGGUUGUUGGAGAAGCUGAACAAAUCAGGUGUCAUGUACAAGCCGGCUGCUGCCGUGCCAUCCGCGGACAAUGAUGUGGAUGAAGAACUGGAUUCGUUCGAGAAUGGUCCAUAUGAAAAGAAGGAAUUCAUGUACAAGGAUGACAUAGACUCACACGGAGAGCCUGUCCUUGACAUGACGCAGCCUGAUGAAGUGGUUCCCAACCAUAAAACCGUACCUGACUAUGUCGUUGGUACUUCUACUCAAGGACCUUCAUCGGACAUAGACAUUUGUCCAUCUUCUGUCAGCAAGUUCAUGGCUAAGGCGAAUGGAAAAAAGGGUGCAACAAUCGAUAAGGAUGAGGAAGUUAUGUCCGGUAAGCGCAAGAGGACCGUUCCUAAGAAAUUUGAAUCCCCCUACGCACUUGACAAGCCCAGCAGGCUUCCCAACCGUGGUCAGAAACCCUCCGGUACUUCUACUGCUACUAGAGUUCUGUUUUCUGAAAAUCAUGAGCCGGAGGUUGUGGCAGAUGAGUUGACGCCGGAAAUAAUUGAUGCAGCUGUUUCAUUUGUCGAGUUAGCUGCUAGCACCGAGAAGAAUAAGGGGAAGAAAGUUUACUACAGUGAAGGGCGUGGCAUAUCUCUGACUUCCGAAAGGAUUCGACCGGUACUAACUCACAGAUGGCUGUCGGACGAUGUAAUUGAUGCUUAUAUGGGACAUUUGGAGCUGCGCGUUGGUCAUGAUCGUUACCUCUGUCCAGCGUGGAGGUCCAAAUUCCUUGUAGAUCGUGCUAUCACACGAGACGAUCCAUUGCCGUCGAGCUGCAACAUGGAUAGUGCUCUGUCCAAAGCUGGAGCAGUUAAGAGAGUCACGAAAGAGUAUACUGUGCGUGAUAAGACGUAUAUCACGUUGAAUAUCGACAAUGCCCACUGGAUAACCGUGGCCAUGCACUUGAUCAAGCAAGAAUUCCAAGUUCUCGAUUCGCUCUAUCCUCUGGACCUGACAGAAAAGACUGUGAAAGCACUGCGAAUGGCUAUAGCACACGAUAUGCACCUAGCAAAUCUUAUUACACCAGGGAAAUAUCCGGACGUAAGUAAGUGGCCUAUCAAGGAGUAUGACAUGCCCCAGCAAGAGGAUGGGAACUCUUGUGGCCUUUUUGUCACAGAAUGUCUAGAACAUUGGGACGGGGACCGAAUGACCCGCGAUUUUUCACAGGCCACCGUUGACGCAAGGAGAAGACGUUUCGUCGCGGAGUUGAUUAUGUCACCUUCGAACACGAUGGAGUGUGUGAAGAACAAAAUUCGCGAAAUCGCAAGGAAAAGGCGCGCCUGA